AUGUCUGAUCUCGAGCCUCACCUUCCAUCAUUUGCUAUCAUUCCGGGUGCCUGGCAGGAUCCGGCAAAUUAUGACGGCCUCCGUCACGCUCUGGCUGAACGAGGGUACGAAUCCGUUUGCCGCUCUCCCCCUUCCACCUCCCUGCCACACGGCGACACGGACCUCCAAGCCGACAUUGACUUUGUGCUCAACGAGGUCUUGCAGCCCCUGGUUAGCCAAGGAAAGGAGGUUAUCGUUCUGCUGCAUUCCUUCGCUGGAGUCUACGGGGCGAGCGCGGUGCAAGGCCUUAGCAAGUCUGAGCUCGCCCAAGCUGGACGGACCGGCGGUGUCAUCGCUAUCGUGUACCUGGCGGCUCCGUGCGUACCCAGCGGGGUGUCUUUGUUCCAAGUAAUGGGAAUCGGACCACAGCUCUUGCCGUGGGUCAGCUUGGAUGAGACCACCGGGCUUUUGUCGAUACCCGAUCCCAUACCUCUCCUGUUCCACAAUCUGCCCGAACAGGAGGCCAGAGAGUGGGCUAGGAAGAUGCGAACACAGGCAAUCAAGCCAAUGCAGGGGCUCAUUCCGUAUGCCCCGUUCGAAGAUCAUGUAUACAAGGGACACAUGGCUUACCUGAUGUGCUCUGAUGAUCAUAUGGUUCACCCUCCAGGGCAGGACAAGUUCGUGGCUGUGGCAGGAAUUGAGGUGACGGACAAGCUGCCAAACGGCCACAUGCCUUGGCUGGAAGCAGCUAAUGAAACGGCAGAGAAGAUCUUGGGUCUGGCAACAAAGAUACGCAUCUAG